GAGUUCAUUCAUCUUUUCAAUCUUCAAUAUAAAACGCUGUUGUCGGUGGUCGAACAGUACUCUUCAGUGGUUGGAUGUCUGACUAACACACUAGCUCUCACCCCUCUUCUCUCUUCUUCUCUCCUCUUUUCUGACUCUUUCCCGCUCUCUCUCGCUCAGGGUGAGCCAGGUGUCCCAGGUCAGAGGGGCACCCCAGGGGAGCGAGGUCGCCCUGGACCCCCUGGCAUAGGGGGGUAUUCCUCCAAGGCUGAUACCCCAGUGAUGGGCCCAGUGGGACCCAGGGGAGAGAGGGGGACCCCUGGCCCACCAGGCACUGCAGGGUCCCCUGGACCUCCAGGAACACCAGGCAACGAGGUGAGACCUUAGCUACUGGGGUGAAUUGCAUCGAUUAUGAAUUGAUCACUUGUUAUGUUCGUGUUUGUUUCACAAUGUCUAAUGAAACACUAAACCAACAUUUUGGUCAAAAGACUAAAACCCAAAAGUGGUGGUUAGGUCUUCUCUUAUGUCCCUCACGCUCUCUCUCUAAUCCACAGCCUGUGGUCAACUAUGACAACAUCAAGGACUUCAUUCGCCAGCAGGUCAUCAAGAUAUUUGAUGGUGAGAAUGUGGUCUUCUUUUCGUUUAGGUUUAUCACCCAUACUUUGCAAAGAUCUGGCCGUAUUUCCUAAUUGAGCAGUGGGAGAGAAUGUAAAUAGCUUUAUUGAUUAUUAGGUGGUUUAUCAACUGGAGUUGUACUGUAUCCCUCAACAGAGAGGAUGGCCUACUUCAUGUCUCGUAUGCAGCAGCCACAAGAGGUAUCGUCCCCCGGUCGUCCUGGCCCCCCAGGGAAGGAUGGUAACCCAGGUAGAGAUGGGACUCCAGGGGCCCCAGGUCAGCCAGGACAGAUAGGCAGAGAGGGCCGCCAAGGAGUCCUGGGACCACAGGGUGAGUCUAGACUUCACUUGAUUCCUUUUGUCGUAAGGCCUGAAUACCCUGAAUACCACGGUCAUGAUAAAUACGUAGGAGUUCAUAAACAGUUAUGACAAGUGAUGUCAGUUUAGCGUAACAUAAAGGUUAGCUACUCUCUCAAGUGAUGUCCUCUGUCAUGUCUGCAGGUCCACAAGGUCUGAAGGGAGAGAAAGGUGACAAGGGUGUAGGAGAGAUGGGUGACAGUGGACCCCCAGGAGCACCAGGUAAGACGCCACAUCAGCCUGUCUAAAUGUUUAACUCUCCACUAUCCUGCCAAAGCUUCAAUAAGUUAGAUCUUUCAACUGCUCUGCUCUUUUAUAAUCACUGUGCAUCCAGUGCUUCAAUGAUGCCCUCUGUCCCUUCCUCCCCAUGCCCCAGGUGUCCCAGGCCCCCCAGGCUAUGGCAAGAUGGGCCCCAGUGGCCCCGUGGGUCAGCAGGGGGUCCCUGGAGUCUCAGGAACCCCUGGACAGCCGGGCCAGAAGGGCAGGGAGGGCCGGUGUAACCCCUCUGACUGUAUGAGCCAACCAAUAGAGUGGAACCCUAAGGGCCCUCCCGUCAAGGGCCCCUACUAG